AACUUGAUGAUUCGCGUGGCUGUUUGCCAUCUCCCUCCCUACUCCUCCAUUGUUUGAGGCUUUGGUAAGAGGAUUGACAGGCACCUCAUGUACCGCUGGAACUGCCCAUGGUGUGGAUAAAUAUCGACAUAGGGUAAAGGUGUGUGUGGGCACCGCCCGUCAGUGCAGGAACAGGAUGUGAUGUCACAGAAAUAGCAGCUUCUCUUUCUGUCAAGCUUUGUGUUUGCGAGUGGGGAGGCCCCCCCUCCCCACUCCGAGGACAGGACAUGUUUGAAGUCAAACCCCGGGCGGUGGAGAAGAAAGAGUCGAGCACAGAGACAGAUGAGGGGCUGGGCAGCAGCGGGAGGCAUUAUGGCUCUGGCUCGGUGGGCUCCGGUUCGGCCGGUUCGGGCUCUGUGUACCUGUCAGACAGCCAGGACUGGGUGGUUUCCCCGAGCUGCUCUCCUGACGAAGGCUCCGCACAGCACAACGCCAUCUCGCCGAUGCUGGCAGAGGAAACAUUCCGCUACAUGACAUAUCUUGCUUUGGAGCCCUCCUCUUAUUCCCAUCCCGGCUCUCAGAGCCUCUCCAAAGUCCUCAGUGCUGAUCGUGUGGAGCAGAUGACCAAGACGUACAAUGACAUCGAAGUGGUCACACACCUUUUGGCUGAGCGGGACAGAGACUUGGAGCUGGCAGCUCGGAUCGGUCAGUCACUCCUGCAGAGGAACCACCUGCUGCAGGAACGCAAUGAGGCCUUAGAGGAGCAGCUGGCACAGGCCCUGGACCAGGUUCAUCAGCUGCAGCAUGAACUCAGCAAGAAGGACGAGUUGCUGCGGAUGGUGGCCAGCGCCUCGGAGGAGAGCGAGACCGACUCCAGCGUGUCCACCCCCCUGCAGCAGUCUCAGCCGCCGGGGGGAACUACCGCCGCCGCCGCGCUCAGCCAGCUGGAGCUCCUGCAGAGCAAGCUGCAGGAGCUGGAGGAGGAGAACCUGACGCUGAGGUCUGAGGCGUGUCAGCUGAAGAGAGACACCAUAACCUACGAGGAGAAGGAGCAGCAGCUAGUGAGCGACUGUGUGAAGGAGCUCCGUGAGUCCAACAGCCAGAUGGUGUCUCUGACAGACGAGCUCUCUCAGAAGAACGAGGAGCUGCUCAGACACCAGGAGGAAAUCGCUCAGCUGCUCUCCCAGAUAGUGGAGCUGCAACACAGAGUGAAGGAGCUGGCUUUGGAGAAAGAGGAGCUGAGGAUCCACCUGCAGGCCUCCAAAGAUGCUCAGAGACAGCUCACAGCAGAGCUGAACGAGUUGGCGGAGAGGAACGCUGAGUGUGUGGAGAUGCUCCACGAGUCUCAGGAGGAGAUCAAAGAACUCCGCAGUAAAAACACUCCCUCUGCAGGGAUGCGGAGGCACCUUUCCUACGGCCUCUACCCCAUGGACUCCCUGGCAGCAGAGAUCGAGGGCACCAUGAGGAGAGAGCUGAGUGUAGAGGAGGAGACAGCCUUUCAGGACCAAAGAAUAUCCCAGAAGCGAGUCUUCCAAACAGUCCGCUCUGUCAACGCCUCAGCAUUGCGAGCAGCUUCAGCCACCCCUCCAAUCCCCGGUUCAGGACAGAGCUCUCUAGUGAUGACUGCACAGCCCUUCCAGUCCAUUCAGGGGGAGGAGGUGAGAAUGGGUCAGCCCGGCUCUCCUGGUGGAAACGACCUCACCAGAGCCCUCCACCGUCUGUCGCUGCGACGACAGAACUUCCUGUCAGAGCGACAGUUCUUCCAGGCAGAGCGCGAGAAGAAGCUGCACGCCCUGGCGGGGGCGGAGGGAGACGGCGAGGGCAGCGGCUGCAGCUCACCGAUGGGCAGCGUGCUCUCCUCUUUCUCUAACCUGUCAGAGCUCUCCAUCACCUCCAGCGUUUUUAAGACCUUCCUGCCUGAGAAGCUUCAGAUCGUCAAACCCAUGGAAGGCUCACUGACGCUCCAUCACUGGCAGCAGCUGGCCAAACCACACCUGGCCACCAUCCUGGACCCACACCCAGGUGUUGUGACUAAGGGUUUCCGCCCACUGGCUCAGGAUGCUGUUUACCACCUGUCUGACAUGGAGGAGGACGAGGAGGAUGAAGAGCACAGAGGGGCCGGUGUCCUGGAGAAGGGGGCCGCAGAGCGGGGUAAGGAAGAGGAGGAUGAGGAAGAGGAAGAGGAGGGCGGGAUCACCUUCAAGGUGCGCUACACAUCUACGCCAGAGGAGAGGAAGGAGAGAAAGCAUUCGGUGUCACCUCUCCCUGCCCCGCCUCUCUCCCCCACCGUGCCGACAUCUCUGACACCUGCACCUCAUCAUGUCACUGAGACAUCCAGCCUAUCAUCUCAGCCCAUUCCAACAGCAACGGUCCAAUCACAGAGUCAGAUCUGCACCCCAGCAUCAACAACAGCUACUUCCUCUGUCCAAAAUCCAGGUAAGUGUCAGAGCUCCACCUUCUCCACCUACACCUUCACGACCUGCCGCAUCCUGCACCCCAGUGACAUCACACAGGUCACCCAAAGUUCUCAGUCAUCUCUUAUGGCUAACACACCCAGCUCCAUGAGGACAGGACCCAGUACCCCAGUGACUCCCUGCAGACUGAGCCUGGGUGACUCCUUUCCCCCUCGGCGCCCCCCCGCGUCCACCAGCAGCCUGGCAAAGCUGGUCCUGGAGAGGGGCAUUUCUGCACAAGUGUCCACCGACACCCCACCUUCAUCUCCGAAACCCGCACCCCGGCAGCCCCUCUUCCGUUUCCUCCCGAGCACACCGCCUAACUCCCCCACCCACUCACCUGCUCCUUCCCCUGUGCCCCCAGAGACCCGCCAGCACCCAGCUGACAAUUUCCUAGCCUCGCGGCCGGCAGAGCUUUUCCUCCAGGACGUUUACGGGCUGAAUCUGGGCCGCGCCCCACAUCCCGACCUACCGAGCCCCUCCCAGGAAACCCCAGCCCUUGCGCCCUCAGGUCGAGCCAGGAUGGACCCGGUCAACGUCAGUCUGGUGGAGCGGCUGCGGCGGCUGGGAUUCACUAAGGUGCUCCACGGCUCGGAAUCCGAGGCCUCAGCGCCACGCCAGGAUUCCGCUACUUUUGUGUCGACAGGCGGCGGGAGCCUAUUGGACGGCCUGAGGCGCAACCAGAGCCUCCCGGCCAUGAUUGGCGCCAGAGCAGGAAAGUCAGCCCCUCAUCCUACGCCUCCUCACCCCACCUCCCUGGCCCUACCCCCUCCACCGUGGGGAAACCUUAAAGAGCGGCGCCGGCACCUCGCCUCCAUCUCCCACUGUCCCGUCAAGUUCAGCUAAGCGCUGAACAGGAGGAUGGGCUGUGAGGGCACUGACUCCUUAACAUGAACCUCCUCCUUUACACCUCCAUCCCCUUUCUUCCUCCCCUCAUCUCUCCUCCUUUCUGCCUUCGGAGAGACGAGUCAGGGCAUCGGUGGGCAAAACAAUCCCUCCUUUUUAACGACUUAAUUUUAAAGCACAAUUGAGCUAAACCUGACUGUUUUUAGCAACAUCGUGGUGUCUGUGUGUGUAGAUGUUUGCCAUGAUGCUAGUUGUAAGGCCUUAGCUCACCUCUGGACAGGUUAUUCAGCUCUGUACCUUCUCAGUCGCGUUAUGAAGUAGGCUCUGUAGUUUUCCUUAGAGGCUCUGGAUGUUUAGGCGCAGGCGGAGGAGGGAGGGAACACGUAAGUGGAUGAAGGUUUGUGGAAGUGGAUUAGAAAAGAAUAAAAGAUAUAAGGCACAGUAGAGCUAUGAAGAGAAGAGAAAGCAGUAGCUGCAUGUUUAUUCAUGUAAGGAAAAGAAAGAAAGUGUGAGAAGGUAAAGGUGAAGAGAGGAGGACUGAGCAUCCAGAGUCUUGCUAUUUCAAGGGCUUGUUCUGUAGUGGGUUGGAAAAGCUUUAGUCUGUAAUAAAAUAGCGUCAUAUUAGCCGACCAUGCCCAUAAUACAGUGAACAGUUUAAGGACAUUACAGUCAGAAGAGAAGGGAUUCACCUUGCUUUUAUUACUCGAGGACUAGAAGACUUUAAGUGCUCACUGGCUUCACAGCACACUGCCAGGCCCAUCUCAUAGUCAGACCAUGCCUCUAACAUGCCAGUAUUAAUACUGCAAAGAUUUUAAGACCAUUGCUGCAUGGAUGUCUGGUGACCGUCCACGCGCCCUGCUCCCCCCCCCCCCUUUUUUUUUCCUGCCUCCUGCAAGUGUCUGCAUGACGCGCCACAAGCAACCUCGCCUACAGGUCCCAGCAUGCACCUGUCCUGCGGACGGGGUGGGGCCAGGCUGAAGGCAGGGCGAGGUUGGAACCAAAUCAGACGCCAGGUGAGAAAAAUAAGUAACAGGAUCUGCCUUUUCUUUCAGGUCCUUGUGUUUUGUGUGUUUUUAAUGGUAUGAGGCCUUAAGUAGAAGUCAGCACUGUGGUCAUUUGUGUUUCUCUUAAGCCAUGUUUGUAUAUAUUAGUUGCACUCAGUGGGAUUUGGAGGUUGAAUUGGUCGUGUUCGUUUGAGGGUCACUGCUUGGUUGAAAACAUUUCACCGCAGCCUUGGGCUUUAAAAGAAAAACAGGAAUUUUGUCACUUGGGUUUUCAGCCAUCGUGUUUUAUCUCAGGCCUGUGGGACGUUCAGGUUCAGUCUGUUUAGAAGGAAAAACCACUAACACAGGAGUUAAGUUUUCUAUCACAUCCAGGUUUAUUAUGAGUGGUUGUUAUGUGUAAAAUGGGUCUUGGGGGUUACCUCAAAGAUGUCAUAUGGCUCACACUUUAGCCAGCAGGUAGGAUUAUUACUGUAGGAAAACAUAUUAAUUUUACAUACUACUUAUAACCCCACAUAAUCUCAUGCUUAGAUGCAAGGACGUUUAUGGCUUUGUGCUUGACCCCUAUGACCCUUUAGCUUUUUAGUGCUGCUGUCCCUUACAUUCAUCAAUCCAACCAGACCCUCCCACUCAAUUACUGCACUUUUGUUUUUUAUUUAACCUUCAUUUUACUGACAUUAUAUGAAAUAUAUAGGUUCAUGAUAACAUGAUAAUGAAAAAUUUUAGUAUAAUGGGUGCCUGUUGUAACAAUGUCGGCUAACAUUUUGUCAUGAGAUUUUAAUAUAUGUAGCUUUUUUUUUCUUCUUUUUUUGGUAGUUGUGUAGACGCCCACAGAAGAGAAUCCAAAUCAAGCCAAAAGUGUUUUUUUUUUUUUUUUUUUUUUGUUUCUGAAGAAAUGGAAUACUCUGGCUUACACACAUGUACAUGUGCUGCAUUUUGUGCUAAUUAGCUGUAACAUAUUUAACAAAGGACAAGGAGCUUCAGUUUAAUGCUUUGUAUGUUUGUAGGAUUGGAGAGAACAGGAGAGAAGGCUCAUUCAGACUGUUCAUAUCUUUAGAUUAACUGAAAUCAUAUCCACUCCUUACAGUAAAGCAGGAGGUUCAGGUUUGUGUCUUUCUUUGGCUAAAAUGUAAAAUGUCCUCUUCAUGUCUCCCCUCUAAGAUCAUGAUCCUCUGUAAACUACUUAUGGAUAUUAUUCAGUUGCCUCUUUUUUAAUAUAAAGACAUGGAAACAAA